UGUUUCACUUCGAAAGAUUGAAAUUCUGGGGUUUUUUUUUUUUGGUUUAGCUUUGAUUAGGAAAGGGGUUUUUAUUUGGGCAUCUGGGGUUUUCGAUUAGGUGCUUUAUCUCAAAUUCCGCUCGCUUAUUCUGUCCGAAAGCUCGAAAUUUCGGCCUUUUUGUGUUGAUUGGGAGAAGGGUUUCAUCCGAGAUUCUGCUUCUACUGAUUCUGGUGCUCUUUAGCUGAUUCUCUUGGACAAGCUCAAAUUUCGGUUCUUUUGCUCAAUUCCAUUUCCCAUUUUCUCAUUUGGGUUGUAAAUUACUGCAAAUGGGGGGACAAUUCAGCAAGAAGACAGGCGAAUCUCUGCCUGCCAUCCAAACCCCUGGCAAUUUUCUAUCCACCGCUGACCUAAGUUCAUAUGAGUCUGCCUGCCGUCUCGACCCUGACUUGCAAACCUUUGACACCGCCCUCCACGCCCGCACAAACCGUGUAAUCAACAGUCUUGCUGUUGGUGUAGAGCUCCGGUCCCUCUCCUUCAAUUCCCUCAGAGAAGUCACUGGCUCCUUCGUCGAGAUGAACCAAGAAGUCGCGAAGAUCCUCCUAGAAUGCAAGAAAGACAUAUGGAAAAACCAAGAACUCUCCAACCUCGUCGAAGAGUACUUUGACAAGAGCUUGCAGAUGUUUGAUUUCUGCGCGGCAUUGGAGAAUUGCCUUAGCCGGGCCCGCGAUAGCCAGCUGAUCAUACAGCUCGCGCUCCAACAUUUUGAAGCAGAGGGGAAUGGAAGCACCGACGACGGGAAGAAAUAUUCAAGGACGUUGGAGGAAUUAAAGAAUUUCAAGGCUGCUGGGGAUCCAUUUACAGAGGAGUUCUUUCAGAUAUUUGAAUCCAUUUACAAGCAGCAGAUCUCAAUGCUGGAAAAAUUGCAACUCCACAAGAGUAACAUCAAUGAAAAGCUGAAAUCUGUGAAGACCUGGCGCAAGGUCUCUAGCAUUAUCUUUGCAUCAGCGAUUGUUGCAGUCUUCAUUUGCACGGUCGUGGCAGCUGCUGUUGCAGCCCCACCUGUUCUGACGGCGCUGGCGGGCGCUGCGUCUGUGCCUUUGGGAUCAAUGGGUGCUUGGUUCAAUUCACUUUGGACGAAUUAUGAGGUUGCUCUGAAAGAGCAGAAGGAGAUGGUUAGCUCGAUGUGGGCAGGCACUUUCAUUUCAAUCAAGGACAUGGAUAGUAUUCGGGCACUCGUCGACCAGUUGGAGAUUGAAAUCGAGUCAUUGCUACGGAAUGCUGAUUUCGCCCUGAGAGAUGAGGAGGCAGUGAGGGUUGGGAUUGGGGAAAUUAAGAAGAAGCUGGGAGUGUUUACGACAAGUCUCAAAGAUUUGGGCGAUCAUAUCAACAGCUGCAUCAGAGAUAUAAAGAUGGCGAGGACAGUAGUCUUACAGAAGAUGAUCAAUCCUCCUAACUGAGUGAAAGAAGAUGCUUUGUAUGGACUCCUGAUAACACUUCUCAUGUUGUUAAUGAUCUGAUUUUUUAGCUGUGUUUGUUAUGCGGAGAUUGCUAACUCUGUAUCUUUCAUUUUGGGUUUUAGAGUUUGUUUUUGAGUUGUACAUUUGAAUGCUUAUUUGAAUUGAAUUACAAUAACUCAAUUAGAUAUA